AAGAGGGCUGAAGCGCUGAAGGCCAUGUGCCGCCGGAGCAAGUGGAAGAACUCCGUGUUAUCAUGGCUCUUUGCGCUACAUUAUUCUCUCAAGUUCGGCUAUUAGGUGGGUUCAUCAACACAAACACAUCCAGAUUCACUCCGUGCAUUUCUGUUGCGUGUAAUGUCCAAUGUCGCUACAAGACCACCACGCCCAAGCGCCGAAAGACGUACCCGUUCCACUGGUGGGCACCGCGCAAACGAAAGCACUUCGGAGAGGACCACCUCCUGAAGGAAAACAUCGAGUUCCUCAAAGAAGUCGCCCAAAAGAUGUACCUUCAGCCUGGCGAGAGUCCUCUCAGGAAUGAACCCUGGGAGAAAGGCGUGUGGACGCCGGACUCUGUUCGGACCGGCGUCAUCGCCCGCAAGAUCGGCAUAUACCCGAUGUGGACCACCUCGGGUAAGCGAAUCCUCACCACCCUACUGCAGGUGCUGGACAAUCACGUGAUCCGCUACAUCCCGUCGGAAGAGUAUGCCUCAUCCAGGUUCGGCUUCAAGGCGAAGGGCCGCGGCUGCCUCGUCGUGGGCGCCGGCAGCGCGGACCCGAUGCUCUUCAAGGCCCCGUACCUCAGACUGUUCCAGGAGUCCGGCGUCAUGCCCAAGCGCAAGCUGACGCGGUUCCUGAUUACCGACGACGCCGCUAUUCAACCCGGCACGCCUCUGUCGGCCGGGCACUUCCGAGCGGGGGACUACGUGAACGUGUACGGCAAGACACGGGGGCACGGCUUCCAGGGGGUCAUGAAGCGCUGGAAGAUGAAGGGCGGCCCGAAGUCCCACGGCACUACCAAAGCGCACCGGCGGCUCGGGGCCAUCGGAGGCCCCCGGGGCAUCAUCCUCAAGGGAAAGCGGAUGCCCGGACAUAUGGGCCAGGAGCGGAGGCUCUUGGUGGGUCUCAAGAUCUGGAGGAUCAACACAAAGCUGAAUGUGCUGUUCGUGCAAGGUCCCGCCGUUCCGGGCGCCACCCUAUCCUACGUGAACAUCUACGACUCGCGGCACGGCAAGAAAAAGCACACAGAAGACAACCCGCCACCGUUCCCGACAUACUACCCAGACCCGGAGAACCCGCUGCCCGAGGAGAUGUAUGACAAAGAACUGCAUCAGUUCGAGGCUCCCUCCGUCACCUUCGUUGACGAGGAGGUGGUUGACAAGAAGAAGGCCAAGGUGAAAGCGAAGGCAAAGGCCAAGGGGAGGAGGUAAAGACUGCCACAGUCCCAGGUGCACACCGUUGCCCCUUGCAUAGUAGGAUAAUUGUAGCAUCUACCCAAUAAAACAAGUGAAGGAUCA